AUGCAUUUCACCACACUCGUCGUCGCCACCGCUGCCCUCGCCUCCACCGCGACAGCAAGCUUCCUCCCCCCCGACGCCAUGGAGAUGCUCAAGCGCACAAUGGUCCCCAACCACGUCUCAGCAAAGGUCGUCGCCGUCAACGGCUUCGGCAAGGACCAAACCAAGAAGAACAUUCUCGUGCCCCUCGGCCGUCUCACGCACGUCAGCCGAAGCCAAAUCACCGAGCUUAGGGUCGAGGGUGUCGACCACGUUGCCGAAGCACCCAAGCCUGCCGACGACAACAUCGUGUGUCAACGAUAUCUCAACCAGUACGCUUCCAAGACUGGUAGUGAGAGAUUUACAAAGAAGGAGCCUGCUCAUGUUUCUACAAACCCUGUCGACUUUGGCUGGAUCCUGUGCUACGUCACCAACGACCAGUAA